CCUGCACGCCUCUUUACGGCUCUGUUCUUCAUUGACGGGGGGAAAAUAUCACAGCCCAAGUCAGGCACGACUAGAGCUAUCUCCUGUUUGACUCGUGUUGCUCAAAUGUCUUCGCUGAUAUCAGAGGGAAACAGGUUAAUAGCGCUAAGAAGAAAUUAGACUGACGCAAUGUUAAGGUUUAUUAGUGUAGUAAACGCUAAUAGGUAGCUGGAAGGUGUGUGUUAUCUGUGUGAAUAGUCUGAACUGUCAUUUAUAUCAGGACUAGAGCGGGUUAGCUAGCCGGCUAACUACCUGAGCUGGCGGCUCUGAUGCGCGCUCUCCGGUGUCUCGGAGCGGACGUGUUCACUGAGCAGUAGCUGCAUGGUUUUUUCACUUGACUUGACUUGACGACGACAUGGAGCUGUUUCAGGCCAAAGACCAUUACAUCCUCCAGAGUGGAGACAACGCUCUGUGGUGCAGCAGGAAGGACGGCUCCAUGGCCGUGAGAGCCGCAACUGACCUGCUACUAGCUUGGAAUCCAAUAUGUUUGGGGCUGGUGGAGGGCGUUAUUGGAAAAAUUCAACUUCAUGCUGACUUUCCUCUGGGCCUGAUUCUGAUCCGCCAGAAAGCACUUGUAGGUUUACUGCCAGGAGAACACAAGGUGUACAAGAUCACAAAAAUAACCGUUAUCCCACUCUCAGAUGAUGAACCACAGGAUCUGGAAUUAGAGCUUUGUAAGAAGCACCACUUUGGGAUCAACAAACCCGAGAAAAUUACCCAGUCUCCAGAUGAUUCUAAGUUCCUGCUGAAGACUCUGAGUCAAAUCAAGUCUAAUGUUGCUGUUCCCAUCAAGAAAAAGGUCAAAGAGAAUAAAGAAAAGGAGCGCCUGGAGAGGAGACUGCUUGAUGAGCUCUAUAAGAUAUUCAUGGACUCCGAUUCCUUUUACUACAGCCCCACUUAUGAUCUUACAAAUACUGUGCAGAGACAGGGAGCCUCAGACAAGUCUGAUCUGCCCCUUUGGAAACGGGUUGAUGACAGAUUCUUCUGGAAUAAACACAUGAUACAGGACCUAGUUAACCUACAGGUUCCUGAGGUGGACUUUUGGGUGAUCCCCAUAAUCCAAGGCUUUGUUCAGGUGGAGGAGCUGGUGGUGAACUACAACGAGAGCUCAGAUGAGGAAAAAAGCAGCCCAGAGACACCGCUGCAGGAGCAGCACACCUGUGUGGACGACAUUCACCCACGCUUUACGGUGGCUCUCAUUUCCAGACGCAGCCGUCACCGCGCUGGCAUGCGAUACAAACGGAGAGGAGUGGACACUGAUGGACGUGUGGCCAACUAUGUGGAGACAGAGCAGCUAAUCCACGUGCAUAAUCACACGCUGUCAUUUGUGCAGACACGAGGCUCUGUCCCUGUGUUUUGGAGCCAAGCUGGGUACCGCUACAAUCCCAGACCACGUCUAGAGAAAGGAGAGAAAGAAACCACUCCCUAUUUUGCUUUGCACUUUGAGGAGCAACUUAAAAUUUAUAAAAAACAGGUCAUAAUCAAUCUGGUGGACCAAAAUGGGCGGGAGAAGUUGAUUGGUGAUGCAUACCUUAAACAGGUGCUGCUCUUCAACAACCCCAACUUAACCUACGUCUCAUUCGACUUCCAUGAGCACUGUCGAGGGAUGAAGUUUGAGAAUGUCCAGACGCUCACCGACGCCAUCUCUGACAUCAUCACAGACAUGCGAUGGGGCUGGGUGGACCAAGCAGGAGUCAUCUGUACACAAGAGGGGAUUUUCCGAGUUAACUGCAUGGACUGCCUAGACAGGACUAAUGUAGUUCAAGCAGCUAUUGCGCGUGUGGUCAUGGAAAAGCAGUUGAAGAAACUGGGGGUGAUGCCCCCAGAACAGCCACUGCCCCUUAAAUGUUACAGGAUCUACCAGGUGAUGUGGGCCAACAAUGGAGACACCAUCAGCCGCCAGUAUGCUGGCACAGCUGCUUUAAAGGGCGAUUUCACACGCACAGGAGAAAGGAAACUAGCCGGAGUGAUGAAAGACGGUGUGAACUCUGCCAAUCGCUACUAUUUGAACCGAUUCCGUGACGCAUACAGACAGGCUGUCAUCGACCUCAUGAUGGGCCUCCCUGUUACUGAGGACCUGUAUUCUAUCUUCAGCAAAGAGAAGGAGCAUGAGGAGAAAGAGAAAGAGAGCCAGAGAGGAGCACAGGAACAGGUCAGCCUCCUCCUCCAGACGUACAUGCAACUACUGCUGCCAGAUGAUGAGAAGUUCCAUGGAGGCUGGGCCCUCAUUGACUGCGACCCCAGUCUUAUUGAUGCGACACACAAAGACGUGGACGUUCUGUUACUGCUGUCCAACUGUGCAUAUUAUGUUGCUUACUAUGAUGAGGAGACAGAUAAAGUUAACCAGUACCAGCGUCUCGGUUUAGAAGGAUUGGAAAAGAUUGAAAUAGGCCCAGAGCCUACUCUCUUUGGCAAACCCAAAUACUCCUGCAUGAGACUGCAUUAUAAAAAUGGGGAGAUUAGUGGCUAUUUUCACACCCUGAGGGCUGUGACACGGAACCCAGAAGAUGAUGGAAAAGACACCCUGCAGUGUAUAGCAGAGAUGCUCCGCAUAACUAAACAAGCAAUGGGACUUGACCUGCUAGUCAUAGAGAAGAAAUUGGAAAGGAAGCACAGCAAACCUCACGAAGACAUCCUGGGCAUACAGGGAAAAGCCACUGAGCCAAUACUUGGCUCAGGCUUAGCUCAGGGCAAAAGUUUCUUCUUGAACAAAUUCUCGUCCUUAAAUCAGAAAGUAAAGCAGACAAAAACUAACGUAAACAUUGGAAACUUCAAGCCCCUCGGCAGACUCGAGAUGAAGGUGAACUUCCUAAAGCCCAACAUGAGGGUGAACCUUUGGAAAUCAGACAGCAGUUUGGAGACUUCUGAUGGCAAUCCAGGCCCUGGAGCUAUGAAGGACCUUUGUAAUGAUCGUUCAGAUCUAGAGAUCUCUGACGACUCUGACUCUUAUAACUCAGAUGAGCAGCCAUGCUCAGGUUCCCUGGAGAACAUUGACUAUGUGCUCCCCAGUUGUGGGAUUGUAGCAUCUGCACCUCGACUUGCCAGCCGGUCCCAGUCCAUCGGAAGUGUUGAACUCGCUGUCCCCUCUGUUAUUCGUGUCACAAGUUGCGAGAACAAGGUAGAGGACAGCUUGUCAGUUGAACCAAACUCUCAGUCACCUGGCGAAGCUUCAGAAGCAGAGGAGGCCAUCUUGAUUGACUUUGGGACACCAAUUGAUGCUUACUGCCACCAGUUUGUCCAGGAUGCGCAGACCAAACCAGUAGAAGUGUUCGAAGAACGCCCGGUGCUGCCACUAAACCCGCAAGCACCUGAGGGUCUCAAAGCACCUCCAGCUUCAGGCUCAAAGCCAGAAACCUCAAACACCCAGCAGCAGCAACUCCCUCGUCCAUCUCAGCUCGAUGUGGAGCCUUCAGUCUCAGGAGGAAAACUCCUCACCGUCCAGCCCCCAGGUUCUGCCGCAUCAUGUAGCUCCCAAAAGAGCCUUGGCUCCAUCUUGGAAGGGAGUCUAGGACCUUCUCCAGCAGACAGUAAUGGAAGUCGUGUGGUGUCCCCCUUUGCUAAGAUUAAGAGCUCUGUGGUGCAAGUGGCUAGCAUGACCCAGGCUGGACUCACUCAAGGUAUCAACUUUGCUGUGGCGAAAGUUCAAAAAAGUCCAGAGCCUGAUGCUGUCAAUGAAACACAGCAGAAUGAAUUGCGAGCUAUGUUUACACAGUGCCAGACUAGGAUCAUUCAGAUAUAAUAUGUUCGUUUGGCCUCAUACAGAUGCAUUUUUAGUGUAGAAUGUAACUUCUAGCACAGUAGCAGUAGCAUAAGUUUGCACAAAAAAAGUGUACAGUCAAUUACUCCAUAUUUCUGCUCCAGUUAAUGUAACUUAUGUUUACAGCCAGUGUUGUGUAGUGUAUAUAUAGUACACCUAAGCUGAACCUGACUGUGCCCUUAUUCUGAGUAAAAUCUUUAACAUUCAUACAUUGCUGGUCUUGCAUGUAGAGAAAUAUUAGGUAGAUUGGGGCAAGCAAGUUUUACUGCAUGUCGAGAGUCAAGAUCUAGUUUAGUCACGUGUGACACCUGCUGUGCAGUACUCUUCUUUGCAUCUGUUGAGUGUUGUAGCUAUAGCCGAAUCGUAUACCAAGUCAGACUCUAAUAUCUGUUCGAUGGGCAGCUCAGUAUUAGACAGUAGAAAAGGAGGAAAGUAAACAAAGCUCCAUAUAGGUAAAGAAAUAUAUUUGUUGUGUUAAAUGUCAAUAGAAAUGUACCAACGUAGGACCAUACUUUUCUACUUUAUAAUCUAUGGUAAAAUAUUGUCCAGUAAAAUAUUCUUCAGAAGUAGGGCCUUCCACUUAAUAUAUUUAGACAGAACACAUAUAUUUACAUAAAAUUUACUGAUUGUGAUGAUAGGAAAGUUGCCACUUCAGAUGGACAUUUGAGGCACUUUGAAGUCCUUACUAACAUUUCUUUUUUUUUUUAAUUAGCCGUCAAAUUUGAAAGCGUUUGCAUAAAGGUACAAUAAGUAGAAGAUUCAUCAAAACUUGAAUAUUAAAUUAUUGGUAGUAAAUAUCAAGUGGAACAUUAGAUCAAAAGCGCAGACUCUUUAUCUUCUUGCUUUGGAUUUUAUUGUAUAUUGUGCUAAAUACAUGUAAAGUUGAUUAUAUUCCUUGUGCUGCUAAAAAAGCUACAGCUUGGUAACAAGACUCAUAAGCGAAUUACUUAUUGUACCUUUAAUCUUGUGAGGAAUAAUAUAUUUAAUAUUAUGAAUAUUAUUUUAUUUUCUAGAUUAUGCAAGUAACCUGCUUAGUUUUUUCCCCCAGAAAUGCUGUAGGAUAAUGGUAAAGUGGUCAGUGUCUUAAAUUAUACUUGUGUAAAAUGUUUCAUUCUUUCAGGAGGGUUUAUUUGCAAGGCAAACCUGCAUCACAUAGUUGCUUGACAAAUAUAUUUUGAUAUUCAAACGUAAAUAUCAACUUCACAGUUGUCUGUGUAUAAGGAUAAAUGAGUAAUAUGUGUUAUUUAUGAAUACAUAGAGUACUUUGACUGCUUUAAGCUAUUAUUUGAUGCAGGUCAGAUGUAAAGGACCCAGGCCAAACAUGAAAACACUGUAAAAUGCUUUUUGCACUCUGAUAUUUAUAUAUCAAUAGUCUUAUCAUAUUAUUAGGUGCAGGUAUUUUUGACAUGUAUGACUUUAUAUUUAAUGUCAUUUUUCAUUUUUAUUCAGGUUAUUUUGCUGCAUCUUGAGUGUAAUAAUUUCUGGUUUUGUCACAUCAACAACAUGCUCAUUGAUAUGUCCAUGCUCAGGCUUGAGGUAUGACCAUUAGUGUGCUUUAAUUGAUUUUAAAGCAGGCGAUCAGUACUGUUUGAGGUGGUACCUCAAAUUCACCACCCUUUAUGCUGUAUCUAUGUUUCUGGGAAAUUUGAAUUUAAUUAGGCAGUUAUUGAUAUGAAUGAAUUAUGUACAUGUAUCUAUAUUUAAAGGGACACUCCAGCAGCAAAGAAAUCAUCAAUGGAACCAUUUAUCUAUUUUUUUCUAAACACAUCUACUUGCUUCUUUUAGUGGUGAUUCAGUCACCAGAGUAAGAAGAAGCAGUUUUAAUACUAGGGCCACCCCUCCUGAUGACAGCUCUAACUCGCUCGACAAAAGAGCUGAGGAACAAGUAAUAAUAAGGUCUUCCCACAUUAAUCAGGGCCAAGGAACUAAAGUAUACACUUUGUGUUUAUAGUAAGAUACAUUAAAUCCUAUGGGGUCUGCGAGUUUUAAAUUUAGUUACAUUGGUGGGAAUCACAAUCCAAAGUUAUUAUUAUUGUUACGUUCUUAUAUUUAUUAGCAUAUUUGACAGCUCACUUGAAUUGGAUGGGUUUAAUCCAAACCUCAAUAACUCACAUUUAAAUAGUGAACCUAUGAUUUGAAUAGUCAGAUUAUGUGCAUAAAAUAAAUCUGACCUGAAGGGGUCUGUAGAAUAUGGAUUUCAUUUAAAGGAUUUCAUUUGAAGGACCAAAAUGUUACAGGCAUUGUGCUAAAUAAAAGGGUGACUACCCUCUAGCUAGCUACACAUGAUAGACUCAUCAGAUUGAAGUGGCAAGAUAUUUGUUUCCAGUUUGCUUUUUGUGGAAUAAAGAUGGAAUUCAGGUUUUCCAUCAAAUCCUUUGUGGGGGAUAUUGCAGUAGUUUUCAGAUGUUUCUCUGUACUUUGGACUGAGGUACUCUGCACUCACCUUUAGUUUUCACCUAUUCGUAUUUAGCUGCACUGAAUAUCUUUAAAAAAUAGUAAUAAUAAUCUUGUUCCAUAACCAGAAUGAUUGAGCUAUACUGCUAAUGCUAGUACUGGAAGUAUUUUUGAAUCGGGUGCUUGCAGUGAGGAUUCUUAAUGAUUGUUUAACAUCUGUAUAGACAAAACAGGAACAGGCCUGACUGCUACAAUAAUACAUAAUUAUGAAUUCUGAUAAAAUGCUGAGAUGUGAUAUUGUAAUACAGAAUAACAUGUAACAUGGCAAAUACACUAAAUAAUAUCAAUAUGUCAGAAUGCUCCUUUAAAUGAUAUGCAUAUUGACAGGCUAGUCUUUAGGAAGCCAGAACCAUGAAGAUUUUUUUUUUUUUUGUGCCUUAAGGGCUCACCUUGACUCUGUGACUCAUGAUGAGAGCUGAUAAUUACAGCAUGCUUGAGGAUGUGUAGGUCGCUGAAGCGAAUGGAUUAUAAGUGGUAUUUUUAUAAACCUGUAUCUUGAGGAUCAGACAGUAUAGUGUGAGUUAAAACAGCGAGUUAUAUGGUCCAGUUGCUGUACUUAAAGGCAGACAAGAGUUAUAUGGAUAACCCAAUAAUUCUCACUAUAUACAAUACGUCUGCCAUGUAGCAGAAACUGGGCUUGUAUGAAACCUCAAAAUCAAUCUGGAAUAGACCACAGAUGGUUUCAAUUCCAGGGGUCUAGUCCAUUAAAGACUGGCAUUGCAUCUGUACAACACCCUUCAUCUUGUAGGUGGUGAGCCCACAGGAUGGUUCCAUGUCACCAUUUUGGAUUGAGCUUAAUGGGCAACAUGAGUGGCCUGAUCACCAGAUGCUCGCCUGCACAAAAGCACCCCCAGGCCUGACUCCAUUUUGGGUCAAAGUAACCCAAAUUCUGGCAUGGUACUCAUAGUCUUUUUUGUACCAUUCAUGGGGGUAUUUAGGAUCUCUCUCUGUCUGACCACUCCCCUCAGAUCUGGUCAUCAUGGGUGGCCCUACUUGUAGCAUUAAGCGCCCGGUGAGACAGCCCUGAGGUUCACCAAAAUCCACAAGCUCCUUCAAAAAAGUUUUUCCAUCCAAGAAGGAGAGAAGGUUAUAUAACUCCUGUUUCAUAUAAUGAAACACAUGGUCAUCUCAAGCCUGAGGGAGGAUGGAUAAGUGUUUUAUGGACUGCACUUUUUGAACUUGGUUUUGUUUUAUGCUUAAUGGUUAUAUGUUACUGUAAUUACUGUAAUUUGAGAUGCAAAUUAGGUAUCGACAUCAAGCCAUACAACUGACAUUUCAACAAUACCUGUAGCAUCAUUCUGCUACCUGCUGACUAUCUGAAUAUUAACAUGAUGGUUGUAAUACAGGUUUGAUUUGAUGUAUGCUGGGAAAUGGGUUUUGCUUAUAGGUUUAUUUCAGAAGGUUUCUAUAGGUUACUUAAGAAUUCGAGAUGGCAUGCACUGGACUGGAAUUUAUUCUAAUGCUAUUCGAAUAAUUUAGAAUAUUAGUACAAGGCAGUGGUACAUAAAUGUAAACCUAUUCAAGGAGCUGUUUUGUGUAAGUAAACAUUCCUGUUGUUCCAUUUAUGUUGUAUUUUCUAUGCAUAAACAGGUGCACCUUCCUUGUUUUGAUUCACAGAAUUUCCUGAAAGGACCAUACUUUCACACCAAGUGCUUUGGAAACCAUGUAUAAUUUGCCAUUACCACUUUGUCGUGUAACUGACAUGUAUAAUUGAAUUACUUCUUUUUUUUUUUAUCUCUGAAAAUGUUUUUGACUUAUGUGUUAGGCAUCAUUUAAACACUUUUCAUCAUCUCAUGUGUGUGUGUGUGAAUGACUUCUUCCACAAAAGUGUGAAAGAUAUUUUCAUUCUGUACCCAGAAUUUAAUUGCAUUGUAUAAUGGUCCAUUUAUUCCUAAUGCUUACUCACUCUUAACCCCCUGUAUUUGAUAACAAUUGUGUAAAACUGCUGUAUUUUAAAAUAUUAUGUCUUAUUUGGGAGGCUUUUUAAGUAAAUCAUUCAAAGCAAA